CGGUCUGACGGAGCUCACUGCGCCCCGGUACGACUAAACACACCGGUGGUGACUCGUCACUCCGCGCAGAAAGAUGGCUGCGGUGGCGCGGACCCCGGUCGGGGAAGGGAUUCGGAUAGUUGUCCUGUGUGUGUUUUGGUACACGGUGAGCUCCGGGGGCAACAUUAUUAACAAGAUAAUCCUCAACGGAUUCCCGUAUCCCGUCACGGUCUCUCUGUUCCACAUCAUCUCUGUUGUCGUCUUCCUCCCGCCGCUGCUGAGAGCAUGGGGAGUCCCCAAAACUGAACUGCCUAGCAGGUACUACCGGUGGUACAUCCUCCCUUUGGCUUUCGGAAAAUACUUCGCGUCCGUUUCGGCUCACUUCAGCAUAUGGAAGGUGCCAGUUUCGUACGCACACACAGUCAAAGCCACAAUGCCGAUAUGGGUGGUGCUGCUGUCGAGAAUUAUAAUGAGGGAGAAGCAAACUACAAAGGUCUACGUGUCGCUCAUCCCGAUCAUCGGUGGCGUGCUGCUGGCCACCAUCACCGAGCUUUCCUUUGACGUUUCGGGAUUAAUCAGCGCUCUCGCCGCCACGCUCUGCUUCUCUCUGCAGAACAUCUUCUCCAAAAAGGUGCUGCGUGACACAGGUGUGCAUCAUCUGAGGCUCCUGAACGUCCUGGGCUUCAACGCCAUGUUCUUCAUGGUUCCCACCUGGGUUCUGGUGGAUUUCUCUGUGUUUCUUGUGAAUGGGGAUCUGUCGGAUAUUUCGGGAUGGACCGGCACCUUCUUCCUCCUCCUCAUCAGCGGCUUCUGUAAUUUUGCCCAGAACGUCAUCGCUUUCAGUAUUCUGAACCUCGUCAGCCCUCUCAGCUACGCCGUCGCCAACGCCACCAAGAGGAUCAUGGUCAUCAGUAUAUCUUUGCUAAUGUUGCGCAACCCGGUCACGCUCACCAACGUGCUGGGUAUGAUGACGGCCAUUCUCGGAGUCUUCCUCUAUAACAAGGCUAAGUACGACGCCAACAAGCAGAAGAAGAAGCUGCCCACCAGCACGCAGGACCUCCUGUCCUUUGACAACCCGAUGCUGGAGAAGACGCAGGCGAACGGGUCGGGGCCUUUCUACGGCUCCGAACAGCAGCAGAACUGGAACAACGUUCUGACCGACCAUUUCCAGUACAGCCGGCAGGCCUACACGGCAAACCACAGCAGCAACCACCAGUUCGUGGUGUAACUCGAGACGCUCGGGCCUCGCAGAAGCAGGUUCUCCCUCCUGCUCCAGACUGAGACUGAAGGCAAGUGCUCUUUGUCGCGGAUUUAAAAAAAAAAGAAAACAAAAGAGACGAGCCGAUUGUGACAUGCCAGAGAAGUUUCCUCUCCCGCAUCCCUCCAUGUUUAGACGGCAUGUUUUUUUUACAGCCUUGCUGCUCGUUUUUAUUUAUUAAGAUGCUGAUGACUGUCGGGGAAACAAAAUCAGCAGCUUCAGACAUUUUGACGAGAGAUUGAGCCACAAUAUUCAGACACAACAACGUGCCGCAGUUUGAAAACGUCUAGUUUGUCUUCCACAAGUAGCCGCUGUUUGUCAUUAGAAAGAGAGAUGCAGCAAUCAGUCUCUAAAAUCUCUAAAAAAAAAAAAAAAAGAAGAUUAUUCCCAACAGAUAGAAUAAUCUGUUGGGAAUUAUCUGAAGUCUCCAACUUCAAACUUUCAUCUGAAGCUGCAGACUGCUGCAGAUUUCUACUAAACUCAAAAAAGUGCAUAAUAAUAUAUAUACUGUUGGGAGUCCUUAGUUUUGAUUCAUUUUCUCGGAGCUGAUGAAGGAAAAUAGACAUAGCUAAUCCCUGACAGAUUGAUCGUUCCAUGUCUAAUCUGUAAACUUUCAACCAACACCCAAAAUCUGUCGUGUUGCAUCGGUAACCAACUUGGAUUUUUAUCUUUAGGGUUGUUGUUUUUCUUCCUGAGGCAUUUGUUUUAUGAGGAGAAACAAACUGUCUUCAGUGAAUAUACCUUAAAAAAUGGAGGCAGAUUAUACUUUAGUGUCAGUUCUCAUUAUGAUUUAAGCUAAGCUACGUUCACGUUGUUAAAAUGAGCCAUGUACAGUCCAGUUGGAGACUGGAGCAGUUUGGUUUCACAUGAACAUUUAAGGUGUUUUUGGUCUAAAUAUGGGUUUUAGUUUCCUGGAUUUAAAUCUUGUUUUCAACAGAUGAUGCUUUUCUCUUCUGUCCCCUAAUUCCUGGUUAAGAUGAUUAUCUGUUCAGGUCAAAAAAGAAGCCAGGUGUGUUGAAUUUCAGAUGAUUUGUUGUUUAGAAAAAGACGUUUUAGUUUCUGAUCAUUUUUGUGGGGUAUUUUAUGCUCUGAAUUAGUUCUUUAUAAACCUGCCUUUAGGAAAAUACUAAAGUUUGGUCCAAAAAUAUUUUCUAAAUAAUGUGGAGCAUUUAGAGUAAAGUGUAUCUUUAACAAACUUGAGUUUCUGAAAGGCUGAAGGUACGAGAAGUUAACUCCAUUUGAUUUAUGCCUCCAGCGUCAUUCAUACAAGUGCCUGAUGAAGAAAAAUACCUAAUAAUAAUAAUAAUAAAAAUAAGGUGUUCUGUUUGUUUUUCACUGUUUCUGGGCAAACGUUGAUGCUUUUAAAUAUUCCCACAACCAGAAGAGUUUGAGCUACAUUUGAAAUAAAGAGCAAAACUCUGCUGAUCGAUCAUAAAGGGAUGCUUGAGAACGCAGCGCAUUUACAGCUUUAAGUGGAGAGUGAGGCCAAAGGUCAGUGACCUCUCACACAUCUGUUCUGUCCCCCUGUUGAGCAAAGAUGUCACAACUUGUUGUCCAGAUGUGUCGUUGUAAAACGUAGAUCACCAGUUUCUAGAAAGGCUCUGUGAUGUGCCUUUUGGUUUAGCAAACAUAAAGAAUGGAAACUAAAUUUUAACGGUUAUGGAUACAGAAAAUAAUUUAAAGUAUUACCGCGUUUUUCGUUUUUAUAGGUUAUUGGAAUUUGUUAACACCACAGUUGGUUUUAUUUUUUCUUUAAAUCCUGAACUAAAGCUGCUUUAGGAUGUUUUAUGUUACUUAAUUUUUUCUACUGUAGUCAGCAUCAAUUUUGCACAUUUUAAAUCAACAAAAUGGGAUUUUUGUCAAGAGUUGUUUAUUGAACUCUGUGCAGAUAUUAGUCACCCAAAUGACUCGCCAUCCAUAAAAAAUUAACUUUUGCUCUUUAAAUUAGUCUGUACAGGUGGAUCUUAAUAAAUUAAACUAUUAUAAAACAUUUCUGAAUUGAGUUUUUAAUUGGUCUAAUUUUCUAAAACAUUGAAUUUUGGGUUUUGGUGGAAAACCAAAAUCUACUAAAUUAACCAAAAUGAUUCUGCGUGUAAUGAAUCUUUUCAUGAAUUGAGCUUUUUUAUUAAAAUGAAAUAAUUUUUUGUUUUAUAUUUUAAUUUAUUGACAUUCACCUUUAAUAUCGAUCAUUCUUAAGGACUGUAGUGUCAGGAAAGCUGAUGUUUCAUAAAACUCUGAGGUACAGACAUUUUCUUUAGUUUAUAUUUUUGCUGAUUUUUCUGUGUUUCCUCAGAUAUUUGUUUUCAUUUAUUCUUCCGUCUGUUAAAUGAAUGACAACAGACUGAAGUGGAAAGAAGCAUUCAGUAAGGAUUCAUGGGUAAUGUAGUUCUUACAAGCUGUUUAGAAAAACUAUAUGAUUGGCCAGUUGUACAGAAACGCCAGGCAAAAAAGAAUAUCUGUAAUGACAUCUCUGUUGAUGUUUCACAUUUAAGCCGAUGUUUUGUUCAAUUUACUAAAUCCUAAUUGUUUAAAAUUAAAGUAUAGACUUUCAGAGCAUCAAGAAUCAUGUCUGAAUCGAGUCAUAAUUUGACCAAAUUAGCACUUAUGACUUCAAAGAAUACAACCAGCAAAUAAUUAAAUAUUCUGUUGUGCUUCAGCGUCCUACAUUUUUUUGAUAUGCCAGAUUUCAUCCUUAUUGAAAAUUUACUUUUAGCUCCUCAACACUGGUGCCUCAAAGUACCUCCAGCAUUCUGUCUUUGCAACAAUUUCACCUUUUUCAGGAUCAGUAAUAAAUCAGUUUGACCAUACAGAGCACAUAAUCUAGGUAUUAAGAUGUGGUUAAUUAUGUCCAGAGAGAACUAGAACGGACGUUUCAUAAAAUAAUAUUAUACAACAGUUUAAAAAUGUCAAAAUGUGGCAAUUAGUCUGACCAAACUCAACAAAACCAAGAGUGUUCAUCAGUUAUCAAAUUGUAAAUGUUUAAUUACAUUAAAAAUUUUGGAUGUGAAGAAGAUUAAUUUGAAAGAAAUUAUUCUGAGUACGAUGGCAAAAUGCUGAUUAGUUUAUUUUCUUCAUGUUUUUAACAUUUUGUGUUGGUGCAUCACAGAAUGAAGGCCUUUAUUGCAGGUUGCUGAGAUGUAAAAAAAAACAAACUGUAUUGUUAUUUUCUUUAUGUAUAUAAACCUACAUGGAAACUGUAAAAGCAUUUUUUGGCGCUCUGUAAAGCUUUUUUCACUGGGCUGUAAAGGAUAAAGAGUAAUAAGGGGAUAUCUCUUUGUAAAAGUUGUAUACUGAUUAUUUUUGUUGUCUUUAAUGGGUCUCGAAAUAGCAUUUGUAUGUAAACUAUGUUUAUAGAUUUUUAUUUAUGGUGUCAUGGUACAAACUGUACAGAGGUGCUGCAAUGCACAGUCUUGUCCGCUUAUGUUUGGUAAAUAUUUUUAAAUGUUGGGGAGAAUAAAUCAAUUCUGAAAUACUAAAAA